UCCAACGUGUCCCAGAAGAGGGGAAGUGACCGCAAGUUGGCUGGCUUGCAGGAUCCAGCUCUGGGAAGCUGAGAUUGUCUACCAGACGCUGCCUCGGAGGACUACAAUGGAAGAGGAAGGAGUAAGCAACUUCAAGGAACUUCGAGCCAAAUUUCAAAAGUUUGAUGCCCCACCUCUUCCAGGACCUAUUAAGUUGCCAGCUGGUGUUUCUCGAAAGGAGGACAGGGGACAAACACAGCCAACUCAGAGUCUGGCUAGCAGGAAGCGUAUCUCAUCCCCCCACCAUCAGCCCCUAUCUUAUUCUUCUGCCGAAGUGUCCCAGCCUCUUAAAAGCCAGAAAACAAAGUCGAUCCAGAGAGGUGAUAUUCAGAAGAAUUCAAGUUCCUCGGGACCUCCGGAAAAAUCUGUUGUGUGUCCUGCAAGAAAUUCCCAGAAAUCUGCCAUGCCAUUGGAUGUGAGUAAAUCAAGAGCCGAGACAUCCAGCGAGGGCAAAGGAAUGGGCAUCAGCAGCUUCAGAUAUAAGCUUUGGAACUGGGAGCAAUUUUCAUCUCAGAAGACUGAGUUGUCCCCAGCUCCUCCCCUCACGAACUGUGGGAAUAAGACCUUCCAUCUGGAAGGGCAGAAAACCACAGCGCUUGCUCAUAGAAAACCCGAAAAGGGCACGGAGGCAACAGGAGUCCAGACCCUUCCUCCUCAGAGCUGUAUGAUGGUCCAGAGAAAAUCACCCGUGGCCUCUGAACCCUCCCCUUUGCCACUUCCUCAACACGGCAGGAAAAGCACAGAAAGCCCUGGAGCUGAGGGGAGCCCCAGGAACAGCCUGUGCCAGCCUGUUUAUGAAUGUGAGCUUACCAGCCCGGUUCCAGAAAAGACAGAGACCAGGCUUCACCAGCUUCCUAAAACAAAGCCACUGCCUUCCAUUGAGACCCUCGGCCCGCCUCCCCUGAAGCCUACAAAACCCCCGUUUGUGAACCUGCAGGCCUUCCACAGGACAACUGCUGUCUCCAAGACCCUGAAAGAAGUGACUGCGAAGGAGGGCCCCCUGCUUCCAGAUAGGACCGAGUUGGAAGAACCACAUAAUUAUGACACAACAAUUUUGUAUCUGAGUCAAUCUAGCAACUCCAUUAACCCGUGCCCGUGUGCUGUGGGAGAAACUAGUGAUGCCACUUACGAAGUUGAAAUUGAAGAAUUUCAAAAGCCUUGGAGGAGUUUUCUCCAUCCAGAACCGAACCCUAGACCUCAAGACAAAGAAAACAGAAUGAAGGAAAAGGAACCAUCUGAAUUCAAACCUUCAGAGCCAAAGGAUUCACAUCCUAACCAUCCUUCUAAGGUAGGUGCAUUUGAAGGGACACCAGGAAAGGUCCAGAUGGCUGGAGUCCAUGAGGACAGAAGGAACAUUCCGGCUGGCAACCAGGAAGCCAUGGCUGACAUCCCUCGGAACAGGCUCUUUCCCGAGGACGUGAUGCCGAUAAGGCACUCCCAAGACAAGGGUGGGUAUGUGGAGGCUUUGGAGGUGACCAAAGAAACCCCAAGUCCAAGCACCAUUAGAUCAAAUUCCUCUUCAGAGAAGAUGUACGAUGAUGUGGGGUGCUCCAGAGAUCUACCAAAGUGGGACUUCUCCAGCUCAUUCACCUCGGACAGCGAAGAAAAUAGUGAAGAGAUGUAUGAAGACAUCUACAAAACAAAGAACAAUGACCAAAAGCCAGAUGUAGAUGGAAGGGCAGCGCUGAGAAGAUUGCAGCAGCUCUUCAGGAAAGAGAAGGGCGUAUUCAGGAUGAAGAAAGCCAAGUCGAGAGGAAACGUCAGCAAUGGAUUUUCUAUUUCACUGCCUGACUUAGGAAUUGGGUCUCAGGACGUCAUCAUCUACGACGACGUGGACACAAGCGAGAAAGAACCAAAAGAUGAAGAUAAGCUAAAAACUUGGAAGCCUAAGUUUUUGACAUCGAAGGGGAAUAAAGGGGAAAAGGGCAGCAAUGGAUCCAAAAGUUUUUCUCCCAGAAACUUCUUCAGAACUAAGAAGCACAACUUAGAAAAGAAUAGAAUGGAAAAAGAAGAAAAACUUUUCAGAGAAAGAUUUCAGUAUGGUAAAGAGAUUGUGGUCAUUAACAGAGCAGUAGCAUGCUCCAGUAAUUCACGAAAUGGAAUAUUUGAUCUGCCAAUAACUCCUGGAGAACAGCUGGAAGUCAUCGACACUACUGAACAAAACCUAGUGAUAUGUCGCAAUUCCAAAGGCAAAUAUGGAUAUGUGCUCAUUGAACACCUACACUUCAAGCAUCAGGGCUGACCCCAUUAGGAAGAUCUGCAUAAGGCAGGACGUGCCCAAGUC